AGAGGAAUAUUGAUAUUGAUCAACUAUCACGUAUAAAAGUUACACUCGAUGAUCUAGCUUAUAUCAUUUUCACAAGUGGUUCAACAGGAAUACCGAAAGCAGUUCAAGUACGGCACAAGAAUUUUACUGAAUUUAUGUGUUCGUUAAUUUACGGUGAUGUAGUGAAUGAAAGUGAUACAAUUCUUCAAAUGGCACGUUGUUCUUUUGAUGUUCAUAUCCACGAUAUACUGGGCAGUUUUAUGAUUGGAGGUUGUCUAAUUAUGCUACAUCCAAAAGGAAUCAUGGACUUUGACUAUCUUGCUAGUGUUUUCGAAGAAAAGAAUAUUACUUGUUUUGCUUCUGUUCCAACUUUAAUUCAUAAUUUCUUCACUUAUCUGCAACAGCAAAAUCAUCAUAAUGUUGCACAAUACCUGCGAUCAGUUUGUAGUGGUGGUGAGCCCUGCUCUUUAAAACUAAUAAAUUUAAUGUCAAAUACUGUAACGCACUCUUGUCGACUAUGGAACAUGUAUGGCCCUGCUGAAACAACAAUUGAUUGUACGUUUCAUCUUUUCGAUGACAAAAUGGAGCCUGAAAGUUUUCCAAUAGGCAGACCGCUUUCAAAUUACCAAAAUCUAGUUUUAGAUCAAAUCUCACAAAAUGUGUCUAUCAACCAAGAAGGUGAACUGUUUGUGGGAGGAGCAGGCGUCUUUGCUGGUUAUCUUGGACGUGAUGAUUUAACUGCUAAGGCUUUUGUUGAAAUAGAUGGUCAACUAUUUUAUCGAACAGGUGAUCUUGUCACAAUUGACAACAGUGGUCUUCUCCAUUAUCAAGGAAGAAAAGAUCAUCAAAUCAAACUUCAUGGACAACGAAUCGAACUUGGUGAAAUCGAACGAUGUUUACUUAACAUCACAUCCAUAUCUGCUUGUGUUGUCAUGAAAUGGAAUGAUGAUUAUUUAGCUGCUUAUGUUCAAUCUCCUCAUAUGAAUGAAGCAGAACUACAUGAACAUUGUCAAUCUCAUCUUCCACCACAUAUGAUACCAUCUCUCUUUGUCAUACUUGAAAAAUUACCUUUGAAUCCAAAUGGAAAAAUAGAUCGAAAACUUCUUCCACUACGUGAUCUUUCAUUAGCACAUCUUAAAAGCAAUAUCGAAUUGUUGAAACCAACCAAUACAAUUGAAUUUACUAUUCAUCAUAUUUGGUGCGAUUUAUUAAAACAACAAGAAAUCUCCACUAACACAACUAUCUUCACUAUUGGUGGCCAUUCACUUAUCAUUAUGCAACUAUCUCAUCGAUAUAAAAUCGAGUUUCAUUUAGAAAUAAAUUCUCUUCCUAUUACUGAUCUAUUUCAACAUCCCACGAUUGCUGGUCAUGCUCAGCUCAUUUAUGAAACUAUGAAUAUCAAAGAGAAUAUAAAUAAUUAUCAUUGGUUUUCAUUACAUAUCAUAAAAGCUAAAACAUCAUUUGCACAAGAACGCAUAUUCUUGGAUGAACAAAUUCGUUUCUCAUCAACAGCUGAUAAUAAUACUAACAUGUAUGUUAUACCAUUAAUCUACCGUAUUUCCUCUAUGAACGAUCAUAUAUCUGUUUCACGAUUACAACAUGCAUUUCAAUCUAUCAUUACAAAACAUCAAACUCUUCGAACAGCACUCUAUCUUGACAUAGAUGGUAGUAUUAUACAACAUUGUUUAGAUACAAAUGUUAUUAUCAAUGAUAAGAACGUCUCUAGAUUUUCGAUGAUUAAUCUUCCGAGUAAUGAUCAUGAACAGGAUGAACUUGUAAAGAAGAUCUUAAAUCAAUCAGAUUUAUUUGAUUUAUCAAAAGGACGAGUUAUUCGUUGUCAUAUUCUUCGUCAGGAUCAAUCAAAUCAUUCAUUCACUCAGAAUAAUGAGGAUCUAUUGACUAAAAAUGAUCUAAUAUUAUUUACCAUUCAUCAUGCAAUGUUUGAUGGAGCAUCAACAUCAAUCUUCCUUCGUGAUCUUUCUCUUGCUUAUCAAUCAAAUGACUUGCUCCCUAUAGAUGAUAAUUCAUUACAAUAUAUUGACUAUUCUAUUCAUGAACACAUAAUGGAUAUGACAUUAUCUCAAGAAUUUUGGCAAUUAGAACUCAAAGGAUAUAAUCUUGUACGCCAAUUACCAUUACCA